AUGAAGGCGCUCAUGGCUGUCCUGCUGGCCCUGCUGCUGUGUGCGCUGCCAGGGAGAGGGCCGGCACAGGAGGAGGAGGAGGACAAUUGGGACCUUGAACCAGACAGCGAGGGCUAUGAUGAUGACGAGGAGGACGAGGAGGAGGGUGAGGCCACCCGUCUGCCCCCAGGGCUAUUGCAGUGCUACACCUGCCAGUCCCUGCACAGGGAGGACAGCUGCAACCAGACACAGCGCUGUUCCCACAGCCAGACCUUCUGCACAACCCUCAUCGCCCACGGGAGCACUGCAUCAGGUCUCCUGACCACCCUCUCGACGUGGUGUGCAACCUCAUGCCAACCUUUCAGCAAGACAGUAGAGGACACCCAGUUGACCUUGACCUGCUGCCAGUCCUUCCUGUGCAACAUCCCACCCUGGCAGAGCUCUCACGUCCCGGACCCACUGGGCAGUGGGGCAGAUGGCCCCCUGGGGAGCCUCCAAAAUGCGGGCCCAGCCCUCCUGCUCAGCCUUUGGGCAAUGAGGGCUUGAAGACCCUGACCCACCAGCUCUUCCAUCCCUCACCCCAGUCCCAGGUCACAUCCUGGACUGCCCAGCACCGUCGAGUGCCUCCCCCUCCUGACCCCCUCCACCAGCCUUGGAGAAUAAACUUGGAGCA